AUGGAACAGAGAGUGCUAUCCGUUCAUAACAAAUCUCUAAAGCGCAAACAUGACGAAUCUGAUCUUAGCGAAGAAUCAGUUUCCCCCCUAUCGAAUCCAGAUCAACCUGCUGAAGAAGGCAAACCCGAGAUCAUUGACCAGGCUGAUGUGAAGCCACCUGGAGCUUAUCUUCAUGGAAAUGUUGCUAAUAGAUUUCGGGAUCUUGAUAUACGAUGUCGAACUGCCAAUAACGACUUUCUUUUCUGCAGCCAUUCCCCAGAACACGACAUACAACCCCAAAUAUCAGAAAUUCCUCCAGAGAUUCCCACACAUGAAAAAAAUCCUAAAAUAGAAGAAGUUGGUGACGAUUCCAAGCUGCUAUAUUCAACUGUACAAUCAACAUCGUUUACCAACGAAGCCACUCCGGAGAUAACAGACCCGGUGCGCCUAGAAUCACCACCUCCUACAUCAAAUGGAAAUGUUGAUGCAGAGGCCAACGAAGAAUCAUUGACCUGGGAUGAAUCAGAAAUCACGGGUCAUCAUGCCACAGAUCCUAAUGACGACGGAUAUGGUCUUAAUGGAAUCGGGUUCAAACCAUCAGCUGAAGUGGCGUGGGCUAGGUCUCAGCAUCGAAAGGACCAGGUAGCUGAAUGGAAGAGACGUAUGGCGAGUGAGGCACGCGAAGCUCGUAGCAGGCGACGACAGAAGGACGAGGACAUUGGCAAUGCAAGCUACAUAGCAAAAGGCUCCCCUAAGCAGAAACGAGUCAAAUUUGAUACUUAA